AUGCAGCGUCCAAUUCAGAACCCUAUGAUGACUUGCGGAGUGCCAAGUGUUCCUUACAACGCAAUGCCCACGCCUCAAGGACAGCGACGUAUCAGUAUGGGCCCUUGCUUCAACCCACCUCCGUCAGCCUUUCAACCCAACUCUUGCUUCAUGAGUGCGUCAGCCCUGAGGAAGACCUCGUUACCUUCCAUGAUGCCGCCAAGAACCAGAUACGACCCAUGCUUUAGAGAAAUGUAA